AUGACCGAUCCUCUUGCUUGUGUGGUGGAUCUCGGAAGUUACAACCUUCAAUGUGGUCUCGACAAUCGGGAAUUCAUUCCUCGGAGUGUCUUUCGGAAUGUCCUUCUCGAGAUUGAAAAAUCCUCCUUCCUCAUUGGUGAUGAUCAAGUGGGAGAAUAUGUAAAGAAGAAGCACCAUCACACUCCUCCAAUGCUCAAUCGUAGUGAUGAUUACAAUGAUGAUGAUGAACUUCUCUUGCAUUAUCCCGUCCAACAUGGUCAAAUCCAAAAUUGGUUUUAUUUCGAACAAGUCCUGCAUUUCAUGUACGAUUCGGAAUUGAGAAUCUCAUCGGAAGAUCAUCCCUGUUUCAUGACCCAUUGUCCUCUCUUUUCCAUGCACUCUAAAAAACAACUCUUGCAUUUACUGUUUGAGAAUUUCCAAGUUCCAAAAUUUUAUGGCGCCACUCAAUCCAAAUGUUCUUUGUUGAGACAUGUCACUAGUGGUCUCGAGGUGAGUAGUGGUCAUGACAUGACCUAUGUGGUGCCCAUUGUGGAAGGAAUGGUGUUGCCACAUGCAGUGGUGAAGAGUGGUGGUGCUGGUGGUGCUGGUGGUGAGAACGGUGAUGGGUUGGGAGGUCGAUAUGUGAAUGAACAAUUGGAAUGGCUAUUGAAAAACGAUGAACAAGACCACGAUGAGAUGGAGAUUCGAAGGAGGAUUCAACAACAGUCUUCUUCUUUAAAGAAUAAUGCAUCUUUAUUUAUGAAACAUCAAGCAUUGGAUGAAAUUAAGAGAAGGGGUGGAUUUUUCAUUUCACAAGAUUAUGAAGCGGAUUUCAUGAAAAUGGUUGAAUCCAAAUUCACAUCCACGAAUGUGACACAUUAUCAAUUACCGGAUGGAAAGGAGAUUGUGUUGGAUGACAAGGUGAGAAUUCAAUCGACGGAAAUACUUUUUCAACCUCAUCUUCGUUUCCUUAGCAAUGUCUUAACAACAACUGCAACUACAACAAAUACAACAACAAGUACCACUCUAGGACUUCAUGAAAUGAUCUAUCAAUGUGUUCAACAAUGUCCUGUGGACCUUCGAUCAACCUUAUGGUCGAACAUUGUACUGUCAGGAGGAAAUACUCUUUUCCGUGGAAUUGAAACUCGAUUGAGAAACGAGUUGAACCAUUUAGUGCCAACCAAUGUGAAUAUUGGAAUUAUUGCACCACCAGAGAGACAAUAUUCAGUUUGGAUGGGUGCUUUGGCCUUGGCUAAGAGUUCACAAUUGGAUGACUUGUGGGUGACCUGUGAAGAGUUUCAUGAGUUUGGAGAGAAUAUUGCACAUCGAAAAUUGAUCAUGACUUGA